GCGGCAACCAUGACAGUCCGCCUCGAGCGCAUGUCCGAUACGUUGUUUUGCAAACGACCCGGAACUCGCGCGCCGUUCCACGUACGAAAAGCAAAUGGGAAACUUUUACUUUCGCGCGAGAUAUUAAAUCUGAAUCACAUUUCUCCGUUUGUGUGUGAACGUGUGUGUUACAAUAAUAUGUAUUAGUGUCAGGUUAUUAAAAUACAUUUUUUGCUUAUGAUUGAAAGAGACAAUUGCAAAAUGUUUCUAUGUGUGUGCCUUGUAAUUUGGAGCGGUGCCCUCGCGCCGGCUCUGGCUCAAGGUGAUCGACUUUGUGGUCACCCGGCGGUGCCACCUAAUGCAAGAGUUUCAUUGCCCACCGACACUAAGAUAGUUCCUGGUACCGUGGCUACAUACGAAUGUGAUGAAGGUUACGAGCUGUUUGGAGCACACCAAAGAGAAUGCACGCUGCGAGGCGACUGGACAGCAGAACCGCCAUUUUGUGGUACAAACGUCGCCUUUAGAAAACCAGCAAAUCAAUCGACAACGGUCAGAGGAGGAAGCGCUAGUAACGGAAAUGAUGGUGAGAAAACCACGGAGCACGACGGUAAGCGCUGCACAGAAACCCAGCGGGAGGCCUCACCCUGGUGGCAAGUUGAUCUCCUUCGACACUAUGCUGUCAAAGUGGUCAGAGUUACGACGAGAGGUUGCUGUGGUCACCAACCCUUGCAAGACCUCGAAAUCCGGGUAGGAAAUAGCAGCAGCGAUUUGCAGCGAAAUCCUCUAUGCGCUUGGUUUCCUGGGACCAUGGAUGAAGGAGUAACGAAGACAUUCACUUGCGCUCGACCUCUCAUCGGACAACAUGUGUUCCUGCAACUCGUCGGAGUCGAAGGCUCUCUAUCAUUAUGCGAAGUCGAGGUCUUUACAACGGAAGAAUUCUCAAACGAUCGAUGUGCACCCGUCGGUGCUUCGGCAGACAUAGAGUUGGCUGCUUUUUCUAGAAACUGUUACGAAUUUAAUGUGGCGAAAGGUGCAUCCUUUGAAGAAGCAAGGAAACAAUGCAAGGCACACGGCGGCGACCUUAUACACGGUUUUCAGGGAGCGACAUCCAGUUAUCUUAUUCAGGAAUUAGAAAGACGUAAGACUCAGUUAAAAACACAACUUGUGUGGAUCGGUGCACAAAAGGAACCUGGACUUACCUCUCGAACUUGGAAAUGGGUCGACGGUGAAAUGGUCUCGAAACCGACAUGGGGGAAGGAUCAACCAAACAACUACAACGGGGAACAGAACUGCGUGGUGCUGGACGGUGGACGCGCCUGGCUGUGGAACGACGUGGGUUGCAACCUCGACUACCUGCACUGGAUUUGCCAGUACCUACCACCUUCCUGUGGGAGUCCUGAUAAACUUCUGAAUACGACGAUCGAAGGCAACAGUUAUCAAGUAGAAUCUUCGAUAGCUUACAAGUGCCCUGAUGGUCACAUGCUUAUCGGAGACAAGACAAGAAAGUGCAAGAAAGACGGUUUUUGGUCAGGAGCUGCACCUAGUUGUAAAUAUGUGAACUGUGGUGGUUUAACGCCUAUACAAGAUGGUGACGUCAGUUUAGUAGAUGGUCGCACCACUCACGGUGCUCGAGCUGUUUAUUCGUGUAAAGAAAACUACACACUUGUUGGAAAUGAAGAAAGACACUGCGGCGAUGAAGGUAUCUGGGAUGGUGAAGCACCAAAGUGCCUGUUUGAUUGGUGUCCGGAACCACCGCCGGUAACCGGGGCUACCGUGAGCGUCAGCGGGCACAAAGCGGGCUCAUUAGCAACAUAUAUGUGCCAAAAUGGCUUCAUUCUCUUUGGACAACCGAGUGUGACCUGCAAUCUCGGUGGAGUCUGGUCAGGUACUCCGCCUUCGUGCAAGUAUGUGGACUGUGGGACACCGGCUCAAGUUCAUAAAGGCUCGUUUGUUUUGCUCAACGGAACCACAACUUAUGGAUCAGUCGCUCAGUUCAACUGUGAAUCUGACUACUGGCUUGCUGGAGCUGAGGUGUUAACAUGCAACCGAGAUGGAAAAUGGUCACACGAUAUACCUUCUUGUGAAUUAAUUUCCUGCCCGGAUCCAGAAGUGCCUGCCGGGGGUUAUAUGGAGGCGUAUGAUUACAACGUACAUUCUACGAUCGAUUUCCAUUGCGAGAAGGGACAUAAGCUUGUCGGCGAGCCGAAUCUAACGUGCCAGCCGGAUGGUGAAUGGUCCGGUGAAUCACCAAAGUGUGACUACGUGGAUUGCGGCAAAUUACCACCUCUUCCUUACGGCUUAUCAGAAUUGCUUAACGGAACUACACAUUUGGGCAGCGUCAUACAGUACGCUUGUACGACUAACUAUAGGCUUGUGGGUGCAGUCAGGAGAGUGUGUACAGAGGACCAUCAAUGGAGUGACUCUUCUCCAAGAUGUGAAGAAAUAAGAUGUACCGAACCAAUAGUUGCUGAGAAUAGUAUAGUAUCAGUGACCGGCAACGAUCGAAUGCACGGACGGACGCUAAUCCGCACAUCAGGGAGCACAAAUAACGGCAAUACGUAUCGCAUUGGAGCGCUCGUCAAGUACCGCUGCGAGCGUGGGUAUAAGGUGGUGGGCGAGAGCCUCUCCACAUGCGAGGAUACAGGACAGUGGAGUGGAGUUACACCCAGAUGCCAAUAUGUUGAUUGUGGAAACCCUGGGCGCAUUCAGAAUGGAAAAGUCACACUUGCGACGAACGCAACUUACUAUGGAGCUGCUGCACUCUAUGAAUGUGAUGAACACUGGCAGCUCGAUGGUGUAUCACGAAGAUUGUGCCAGGACAAUGGCACGUGGAGCUCAGAAGCGCCAGUUUGUAAAGAAAUAACUUGCACGGAUCCAUCAAUUCAGAUCAAGGGUAGUACUGGCUUACUCGUUGUCACGUCAACUCUCAGCAUAGGCGGAGAAGCGCACUAUAGAUGCGAAAGAGGUUAUAGCAUCAAAGGUAAUCAGACAAGAACCUGUCUGCCCAAAGGACAAUGGUACGGAACUCCACCAGUAUGCAUACCUAUAGAUUGUAAAUCACCAGGAACUAUCGAAAACGGACGUAUUAUCAUAUCGAACACUUCGACUCUAUUUGGAAGUUCAAUCGAAUAUCACUGUUUGCCGCAGUACCAACGCGUUGGACCUUUCCUGCGCAAAUGUUUAGAUGACGGGAAAUGGUCUGGUGAAGAUCCUAGAUGCGAAUUAACAACUAAUGAGGCAGCAGAAAGUGGUGCCUUGCCAUUGAGCGUCGGCGUCGGCUGUGGUGUAGUUCUAUUUUUAUUGAUGCUGCUAGGAGUUAUCUAUCUGAGACUCCGUAAGGCGACACCAGUCAAGAACACAGAAAACAUCGAAGGCGCUGAGCGAAAAGAAGAUCAAAAUGCAGCCGUUAUGAGCUACGCUACACUUCACGACACAAACGGAAGACAUAUUUACGAUCAUGUGACUGACAACCUUUACGAUUCCCCAUACAGUGAGAGUCUUGCAGAAAAUGCAGCGUACGGAAGACGAAGUGACACUGACUCCGCCUAUGAACCUGAGCCGACCGGACCCAGUGCAGUGGUCACUAUUAAUGGGGUCGCAGUUCGUUGAUAGGCAGAAAUUCAACUGCUUCGUAGCGUUUAAUUGUAAAUGAAAAUUUGAAGAUUAGGCUUUAAGGUAGUGAUCUAUGAACUAUUAAUAAAUCAGUGCUAUAUCGAUU